AUGAGCAAAAAGAAAAAUCUUAUGUCCCUUUGGCACCAUAUAAACCACCCAUACCAUUUAGGUUCCUCUUUGUCAAGGAAGGACUGGUCCGUGAAGCUAGAUGAUGCGCUUCGGGCCUAUCGUACAACAUACAAGACUCCCAUUGGUAUGACUCCUUACAAGUUGACCUAUGGAAAGUCUUGUCACCUCCUAGUUGAGCUCGAACAUAAAACAUAUUGGGCAAUAAAGAUCCAUAACUUUGAUUUGAAGGUUGCUGGUGAAAAAAGGAAGAUUCAACUCGGUGAGCUUGAUGAGUUGAGGUUGGAUGCUUAUGAGAAUGCUAAACUCUACAAGGAAAGAACCAAGAAGUGGCAUGAUAAGCACAUAACGAGAAGAGAAUUGAAAGGUGACUUCGUUAAGCUAAAACAAGAAAAAUGCAUAAAACAAAAGAAGGCAGCAAAGAUUACUGUCUGCCAGAAAUGGCCAUUAUGA